AUGAAGUCUUUUGUGUUUCCUUUAGCCCUGUUUUUCUUGGCUUUUCGCCAGGAUGGAAUAGCACAGCUUCUUGAUGCAAAUUGUUACUUUCAAUUGAGCCCAAGGAUAUUUCAUGGAACUAACGCUCGUUUGGGGACCACUCCUUGGAUAGCAGUUAUAAGCAAUACUACUCAAGAUUUAUGCGGCGGCACUCUUAUACACUCACGUUUCAUCUUGACCGCCGCCCACUGCAUUAAAGAGAAUAAUCAAUUAUUCGUGAGAUUGGGACUGUACGACAAAUCCUGCCCAUCAUGGCGUUGCACAGAAGUGGAGAAGUAUAGUGUGAUCAACAGCAUUCCUCAUCACCAAUAUAACGCGUUAAGUAUGAAGAAUGAUAUUGGUAUUUUGAAACUGGACAGACAAGUGGUGUACAACGCACAAAUCCGACCGAUUUGCAUUUUCUUCGGGAUUGAAAUUGAUCAGUGGUCAAUCGUUCAUUUCUCUGCCUACGGCUGGGGUAAAACGGAAAACGAAGGAACAAGCUCAAUCCUUAAGACCAUUAAUCUUUCCCGUCGUAGCCAACCCUGUUUUUGGUCAGACAGGGAAACGCAAAUCUGUGCUGGUGCCGAUAAAGGCGACACUUGCACCGGUGACUCAGGUGGUCCUUUGGUAGCCAAUAUUACAUACCGGGGAAAUAACUUCCGCUCACAGGUUGGAAUCGUCAGCUUUGGCAGCACCGAUUGUAAUUCUAAUGGCAUCUACACGAAUAUUAGUAGCUACAAGCAAUGGAUAAAAGAUACCAUUUCGGAAAAGGAUCGCGAUCAGGAGCGCUUUUUGGAUGAGGACUGCGGCAACACUCCGCAAAAACAGGGAUCUAUCCGCCAACCUUGGAAAGUAAAUAUACUUCCCAGCUAUGCUAAUGGCGCCCUUAUCACAAAACGGAUUGUCCUUACGGUUGCAAGUCAUUUGGACACAGAUGUCCAGAAAAUGUAA